AUGGAUGGAGACAUCACGAGCGCAAGCAGUCCGGAUGCAUGGCAGGUUCUCUCUGACGCCCGGACAACGAAUGCCAUGAUUCUCGGAGCCUUGACAUUGGUAGCGUACGACCACCUAUUAACGCUCUCGAAGGAAAUCGAGCUCAUGUGGCCGUCGAGAACGUCUUUUCCAUUGACGAACAUGAUUUACUUAUGGAACCGUUAUUUCACUUUGAUAUCGCUAUCAUAUGAUGCCAGUGUCAUGCUAAGCCCAUAUAAAUCCAAUGCGGUUUGCAUCAAAUUCUUUCAGGGAGAAGCAGUAACCUCGACAAUCAUUCUUGCGACGGUGGAUCUCAUUCUCAUGCUAAGAGUAUGGCUCUUAUACGAAAAGAAACGCCUUCUGCUCUAUUUGCUUGUACCAAUGAUUGGACUCGAGAUUCUAACAAUGGCAGUUGUCUCGCACUACACCAUUGCUUCAGUCCCAGAAUACUGGCCUGUCAACUCAAUCACUGGCUGCUUUCCUAUGGGUAACGUCCCCAGAUUCUUUGCAUUUUAUUCGGUCCCUGUCCUAGUUGUCAGCGUGACGAUGUUUGUGCUAACCGUGUACAAAUGCGGAACGUCCCUGCUCGCGCACGGACGGGUGCAUAUGCCCAUCCACGCGCUGUUUCUCCGCGACGGCGUCUUCUGGUUCAUCAUCAUAUUCGUAACGUUCAUCCCUGAAAUCGCUAUUUGGGCAAGAGGAAGACAGUCGCUGGCCGAAUUGUUGAUCGCACCUGGUUUAGCCAUCUCGUCCAUCGUCGGCUCUCGCGUUCUUCUCAAUAUCAAGAGCCUCGGGCAUAGCUACCCUCGAUUACCGGAGAGUACCACUGCUCGGAAUGCAGUGGAGUUUGAUACCAUCGACUACGCACUGAGCGCGCCUUGGAGGACAACGCUCGGCCAUCCGACGAUGUCGGCAAUCACGGAGGUCACCUCCGAGGAGCGGGGCCCGUAG